AUGGCCCGCAUCAUCGACCUGGUGCCCUGGGACAAUGGCACCACCCACCUGUACGCGUCCCCCGCCGUCCUGCUCCCCAUGGAGCGGCGGAGAAACCAGCUGGCCAGCGUGAAGCACCAGCUCUACCACCCGGCCCUGCCCACCCUGCGCCGCAUGGACAUGGACUCUGCCAGGGCCUGCCUGUCGGACGAGCACUGCCAGACCACCACCUACUGCCGCAAAGACGACUUUGACAACGCACAGUACACACUCCUCGGUGUCCCCAACAAGCCCCUGCAGUGCUUGGACAUCACCGCCACCGGCCAGAAGAUCCGCCACAGGAGCCGCGAGGGGAAACUGGCGCCCAUCGCUCCGGGCAUCAACCAAGCCAGCUGGCCCAGGUUCACCCGCGCCAUCGAGGACUGGUCCCGCUUCGUGUCGUCUACCGGCGAGUUCAGGCUGCCCUGCCCGAGCAAGAGGGUGGAGAGUUUCAGCGGCUACGCGGUGCGCUACCUGAAGCCGGAGCUGACGCAGAACUGGCGGUACUGUCUCAACCAGAACCCCAGCCUGGACCGCUACGGACAGAAGCCCCUGCCUUUCGAUUCCCUGAAUGUGUACCGGCAAUUCGGCUCCAAGUACAGUCGUGUCAACUACCUGAUCCCCUGGCAUUAG